AUGGGGAGCUGUGUAGCCUUCACAUCAGUUAUCACACAGAAUUCUGAUAUUGUUCAUGAAAAUGAAAAUAGGAUUGCUGUUGAGAUUGAGAAGACCACUGCUAAUGUGAUUGUCCUGUUUAUUAGCACAAAAUUCACUUACGGUUUUGCACACUUAUUUUCUCUUCACAAAAUCCCCCCAAAGUUAUGGAUCACCUCUUCUUUUAUCCCCAGUAUUUUGACAUUUAAACAAGAGAAGAUGGAAACCACAUUAAAUGGCUCUUUGUCCUUGAUGAUCCAGGAAGGAGAGAUCCCCGGCUUUGAGCAGUUCUUCUAUACAUUUUCUCCCAACAACUACCCUAACGAUGCACUAAUUGUAUCUACAUGGCAAAACUUAUUAAAAUGUUAUUUUAUAGACAAUCCCAGCUCUAUAAGGAAAAUUCCAGGUAAACCAGAUCUCAGAACCUGCACAGGGAAUGAGACUAUGAGUGAGGCAGAUGUAUCAGUGUAUGGGAAUCACCAUUACAGAGUCACUUAUAGAGUUUACACUGCAGUCUAUGCACUGGCACAUGCCCUGCACAAUCUCAACUCUGUUCAGCCACCAGCCAAUCACUGGGACAGUAAAGUUAAACCCUGGCAGCUGAACCAAUUUGUACGCAAUGUGACCUUUACUACUUUUCCCAAUGACACCCACUCCUUCAACAAAUAUGGGGACCCCCCGGCACGCUUUGACAUUAUAAAAUGGCUUUUCUCUCCGGGGCAUCACAUUGUUACAAGAAAAAUUGGAGGUUUUAAUGUAUCAGACCACAAGGCACAAUUUUAUAUAAAUCACAGCGCUGACUUGUGGGGCCCACUCUUCAACAUGAUCCCUCAGUCUCUCUGCAAUGCACCUUGUGCCCCGGGACACAGAAAGUCUAAAAGAGAAGGGGCACCAUCUUGUUGUUAUGACUGUGUCCCGUGUGUAGAUGGGGAAAUGUCCAACACAUCAGAUUCUCCAAACUGCUUCAGAUGCCCUGGGUAUGAAAUGUCCAAUGAACAGAGAACUGCUUGUGUUCCCAAAAUGAUAAACUACCUUUCCUAUGAGGAGACUCUGGGGGCCAGUUUAGCUUCCAUUGCCUUGGUGCUCUUCCUCACAACUUCUGCUGUACAGGGAGUUUUUGUGAAAUAUUGGGAGACUCCUAUUGUGAGAGCCAAUAACCAAAACCUCAGCUGUCUCCUCCUCAUCUCUCUCAUGUUGUGUUUCCUCUGCACUUUAUUAUUCAUUGGGCGCCCAACUCAGAUAUGUUGUCUCCUCCGACAAGUAACAUUUGGGAUUGUAUUUACUAUUUCUGUUUCUUCUGUGUUGGCUAAAACUCUCACAGUUAUUAUUGCCUUCAAUGCCACAAAGCCUGGGAGCAAGCUGAAGAAGUAUGUAGGAACCCAACUGGCCAUUGUAUUAGUUAUAAUAUGCUCUUUGGGUACAAUUGGAAUCUCUACUGUGUGGAUGGCUUCUAAUCCACCAUUCCUGGAAGCUGAUAUGUUUUCUGAAAUGGACACCAUUAUUUUAAAGUGCAAUGAGGGAUCAGUCACUUUCUUCUUCUGUAUAAUUGGAUAUAUGGGAACGUUGGCCCUACUAAGUUUCAUUGCUGCAUUUCUAGCCAAGGAUUUCCCUGACCGAUUUAAUGAGGCUAAAAACAUCACUUUCAGUAUGUUGGGGUUCUGUAGCGUGUGGGGGGCAUUUGUCCCUGCAUACCUGAGCAGUAAGGGCAGUAGAAUGGUGGCAGUUGAGAUAUUUGCCAUCUUAUCCUCCAGUGCUGGGUUACUGGCCUGUAUAUUUGCCCCCAAGUGUUACAUUAUAUUUCUCAGGCCUGAGUUGAACACAAGAGUAGCUGCUGCUCGAAAUUAUUAA